AUGUCUUUCAGUGAUCAACAGUGCAAGCAACCAUGUGUGCCACCUCCAUGUCUUCAAAAGACCCAAGAAAAGUGCCAGGCACAAGCUGAGGAAGGGUGUGUUCCCUCGUGUCAGGACCCCUGCCAAGAUAAAUGUCCACUCCAAGCUCAGGAGGCAUGUGAUCCUCAGUGCCAGGAGAUAAGCCAAGGAAGCUGCCCACAGCAAGGCCAAGACCCAUGCCUACCUCCAAGCCAAGACCCGUGCCUGCCUCAGUGUGCGGAGCCAUGUCAGGAGCUAGCCCAAACAAAAUGCGUGGAGGAGUUCCCACAGAAGCUCCAGGAGAAGUGUUCAUCCCAGGGCAAGGGAAAGUAG